UACGCCUUCACUUGGAAGCUACAUCAUACCGCGCCAAAUAAUCCGUGAAUUUUAAGAACUGUAAACGCAGUUUAGUAUAAUUAGUCCUUGGAUUUAUAUAUUCUUGUUUCGUUUUGCAACUUCUAAUGAAACCUAUUAAAAUUAACUUGGAUUAUAAGCCACAGAAAUGAGUCAAGUGGAUAACUUGAUCCCAGAACAUAUAAAAUCAUCUUUAAAUGAAGCAGAAAUUGACAGUGACGGUGAAAUAAAUAUGGAGAGGGUACCUUUCGCAAAAAACACCAUUCGAAUGGACCUGAAACAAAUAGAUAGAAGUCUGAAGGCCAUGAGUGCACAAAGCCAAAAUAAAGAAAAUAUGAAGAACGGUGAUUCAGAUGAAAAUCAAAAUAGAUCCUGCACACCUUCUAAUGAAGUAGAAGUUCCUGGGCAACCACUCACACCAACUGCUAACCUUAAAGUGCUAUUUAAUGCUAUGAGUCCAGAACUUAGACACAGGGAUGAGCUUAAACAAGCUACUUCUGAUGAAGAAAGUCCUGUGAAUAGUCAAGACUAUCAGUUUGAAACUAUUAUUGAACUCAAUGCACAAGAACUUGGUCCUCAGUAUGGACCUUCAAGGAAAGAGAAAUCCCUAGGAUUAUUGUGUCAAAAGUUUUUACAAAAAUAUCCCGAACGACCAGAAGCAGGAGAGAAGUACGAGAUAUGUUUAGAUGAAGUUGCCAAAGAAUUGCAGGUAGAAAGGCGGAGGAUCUAUGAUAUUGUAAAUGUGUUGGAGAGUGUAGAAAUAGUUAGUCGUGUAGCAAAAAACAAAUACGCUUGGCAUGGGAAGACAAACUUACAAACAACGCUUGCCAAGUUAAAGGCACUGGGAGACAGUGAAGGGUUCGGAGAGCAGAUUCAGAGGUUGAAGGAUUACGAGUUUAACAGGGAGUUAGAGGAACAAUUUGGUAAAUCAGAUCCUAGAGCAAAACAUGUUCCAGAACCAGAUUUCUCAAUAUUUGGAGAAAAUUCACUAUUUAAUCAAGCUGCUUUAAGGAAGGACAAGUCACUGGGGAUUAUGAGUCAGAAGUUCCUCAUGUUGUUUUUAGUUUCAAGGCCAAAGACUGUAAACUUGGACCUUUCAGCAAAGCUGUUGAUAGGUGAUGCUAAUAUUGAUAGAACAGAAAAUGCCAAAUUCAAAACAAAAAUCCGUCGUCUGUAUGACAUUGCCAAUAUCUUGACGAGUCUAAAUCUUAUACGUAAAGUACAUGUUACUGAGAUCAGAGGGAGAAAACCUGCAUUCAAAUAUAUAGGACCUGACAUUGAAGACAGCAAAGACUUACAACUUGCAUGUUGCACUGAUGGCUGCCAUAGACCUACAUCAAGACAUUCCAUGUUGGACUGUAUUCAGAGUAGUAGAGUGGCAAAGAUUAUGGAUUCAUAUAAGAGUAUCAAGCCAGUCACAGCAGGAGAUGGUGCAGAUGACAAAUUGAGAUUUAGUCGACAUUCAUCUUUUGAGACAUUAUGUGCUGUAGCGACUGUAGAAACUAACAAAAUGAAUGCAUCGUCAGAGCCUUGUAGUCCUGUCAAGGUAGAGAAAACUCAAGAUAUAUCAGUUCAAAAGAAACAGUUUGUAACAUUGUCGCAGUUGGAUGCCAGUCAAAUUAGGAUAGGUGGUGGUGGCGAUGAUUCUCAGUCCAAGUUGCCAACUAAAGGAUUUGUAAGAAGAAAAGUCUUAAUGAAAAGUGAUGAACUAAGUGCAUUAAAGUCUCCUUCAGCCGGACAAGGUACUGAAGCUAUUAUCAUUAAAGCUACUAAACCUGCGGGUACUAAAGGUGGCAAACAACCCACGGUUAUUCCACUUACAAAGGAACAGAUAGAUGCUGUUCUAAGAUCCUUAAAAGUGCCAGUACCUGUCAGUAAGGGACAGCUUACUGAUUCACCAUCACAAUCUUCAGCUGACGAGGAACAGGUUAUUAAACAGGAAGUGUCAGUUGAAGAAAAGUCUGCAGCUGAAAUGCAAGUUUUGAAUGAGCAAACUCCUGUUAUAACUGUGAAUACUCCGGAAAAAGGAAUUAAACGUCCAGCAGGGGUUGGAGACACUAUACCUAUAGAGAAAAGAGUGAAAUUAGAUUUUCCGUCUCCAUGUUCAGAGGAUGAUGGUUCGCCUUCUUCCGGAAAUCAGGAAAAUCCGGUGCUUAGGUUUAGAAAGAAGGUUAUAGAUACAGUGAAACCUUCUCCUCAAAGGGCAUUGCAUUUAGCUCCAGAAUUUGUAAAUCCUUCAGAGAAAAACAUGGCCCCAAGUGGGGAUGCCUCAAACUCGGAACAAAGCCAGACGGAAAGUAUAGAAGAGGAAAAGCAGAAACCUGUUAGCAAGAAAAUUGAAAUUAUUAUCAAUGAGUCUGCAAUGCAGACUAAUAGUUUGCUCAAUAUAUCUAGUUUAAAAUCCAACCAAAACUCUGUGACUAAUAGCCCUGUUAGUGUUGUUUCAAGUCCUGCGAAUCGUACAGUUGUUCAGCUAUCGAAUCAACCAACAACCAUCUUGCAACUUCCUUUUGUCAACAUUCAGGGUCAAAGUCAGCAGAAAUUAGGCCAGCCAAUGACAGUUCCUGUAGCAAUGUCCCAAAAUGUACAUAUUGUACAGGGCGGACAGCAAGUGGUCCAGUUACCAGUCACUUUCAGUUCUCAAACUCCCAAUAGCUCGGGCUCCAGUCCACGGGUUUACACUUACUCAUUACCUAGUAACCAGUCCAAUAUCACCGUCACAAAUCUUCAACUUAUCCCACAAACCUCAGUUCAGGGAACCAAAGGAGUCACUACCAUUGUUAGACCUGUUGCAACAAAAGCUACUGCCUCUCCAAAUCCUGGGUCCCAGAUAGUUCCCCCACAAAUUGUUACCAAUUCUCCUUUAACCUAUGUUAGUAAAGCCCCAGGAGGGUUCAUUCCAAUUUCCAGUUCAAGUGUACCCAAAAUUAUACUGUCCUCAAACCCAACUGUUGUACCUUCUACCUCUGGAUCAGUUGCUGUUGACAGCUCAUAAAUAUUCAUAGGAUUUUAAUGUAAUCAGUUCAUGAAUAUUCAUCACUUGUGCUUUCAUUGUUAAGUAUUCAUUAGAGAUGAUUUUAGUAUUGUUUUAAGUGCUUUUAACUCAAAGAUAUGUCUAUUUAAUGAAAUGUUUCUAGUCUAAAUUGUAGAAUGAUUAGAACUUGAGCCUUUAAAAAGUUUCUGUAUACUUGUGUGAGAUUUUAUGGGACUUGUGUAUUUGUUGUUACUGUAAAUGGUUUAACUGUAGUAUCUAGAUAUGAAAGUUUAGUGUAGGCCUAUAUUUAAGGUAAUUUUCUGGAAUGUGACACAUUUUCAUCAGUCAGUCCAUGUACUGCACCUCCUUUUAAGAUACUUGGCAUACUAGAAAAUGAACACCAUUACAGGUGUGACUUUUUACACAGUAUUUUAUUACUCUAUUUGAAAAAAAAGUCUGCCAUUGGGCUGACCAUGUGAACUAGAUACAUUUUAUAAGUAGGAAUUUACUUUAUAUUUUCCAAGCCUUCUGUCUGCAUUGUAUGAAUAUUUUUGUACAUUUUAAGCAUGUUCAUAGUAAAGUCAGUUCUUCUAUUCUUUUUGAAGGGGCCAUUUACAGAAAGUUUCAUUGAACUCUGUGUAUUUUUCGGUCAAAAUUAACUUUACAUCAUGAUUUUUAUUCAUUUUGCCCAAACACCAAGGUAUUUUUCCACCGUAUUACAGGUGCAGGCCCUUUCCUAUUUUGGUAAAAAUGACCUGGAGUUUUUACUGUGUUAUAGUCAAACUUUAGUCUGGUGAUGAUAUGUCACAGAUAAUCACUUUAUGAAAUGAAAGACACUUGUGUAUGUGCUCACUGUAACUGUGCUUGCUUAAUGCAACCAUUGUGCUGUUCUGAGUGAAUGUCUUCUGUAAUUGUGCUGACAGGACAGACGAAUGUGUGCUUUACUUUAUCCUUGUAUCAACAAUCAUUUCUUUGAUUUCAUGUUGUGUCGUACAAACUUGUUUGUCAUUGUAUGAUAACACAAGAACUUGGUAAAGUGAUGAAUUUACAUCAUACAAAAAAUGAAAUUGAAAGAUAUAGUAUAGGUUAAUAAAUGGGAGAGCGGUGCCUUUGAGGGAUAAUGGCCCAAGGGCUAUUAUCUUCCAGGGCCAUUUUUACUCAAAGGCACCGUUCUCCCAUGUAUUUACCUGUUUAUUACAUGUUUACCUACAAUAUAGUAAGAAAAGUUUAGUAUUAGAAUCUAAUAACUUUCAGCUUUUCAGUUACUAUAUUAUUUGUAUAAGAGGCUAUAUACUGUAUAAAACCAAAUGCCUUGAUACGUUGCUUAUAGCAUAAUUUAGGGUUGAAAAUAAGUUAUUUUACGAAGAAUACACGACGUUAUGCACAAGAUGAUAAAACUAAAUCUGAAAUAUUCACUGUUUUUCCUCCCUGAAACGUCAUGACGUCUUUUCUGUUUACCGACAUCAGUUUCCCGUGCUAACGUCGGCCAUUAUCAAUAAUGGCCCCGGGGGCCAAUUAUGAUAAUGUGAUAAUGCAUGACGCAAUAUGAUAACAGGAUCAUUUUCAGCACAAAAUUGUUACUAUUUAUAGGUACUCGUGUAAUAAUAGUUCUUAGUAUAGAUGAUUGUUUCAUUAAACUGAUUGAAGUUGAUGUUAAAUGAGCAGAGAUUAUUUUUUUUAUCAAUGUCUCAUGUGCAUUUGCGUGCAUGUUUAAAAUAUGGGAAAAGUUGUAUAUUUGCUAACGAAAGAAAAUGAGUAAAACCUGAAAUUGCUUAUUCAAAGAGUAAGCUAUGACUGAAAUAUGCUAUAAAAUAUUAAUGAAAUAUGUACAAAUUAUAUUUACUGAUUUUUAACCUUAAAGGACCUGAUAUAAAUGGCUGUUCCAAGUGUGACAUAAUCUUCAUUGUUUGCCACUUAUUUAUUUUGUGUAUUCCCAGGCAGCAUAAUUUAUUGGUAUUAUUGUUGUUAUUAUUAUUAUUAUUAUAGACUACCUUCUGUAGAAUUAAUUGAGCAGGUUUAAUUGUGCUUAUGCGUGUAAAUUAUUAAGUAUAUAACAAAUUGUAUAGGGUCUUAUGUAACAGAAUCAUUUUGUAAUUGUGUGGAUGUGUGUGUGCAUAUGUUUUUUACGUAAUGUCCCGCCAGACUAGCUCUACAUGGAUAGCUUCAGACUUCAUAGCCAUUCAGUAUCCAAACUUGGGAUCUUCCUGUGGACCACAUGUUAUCAAAAAUGAGCAUGCCAAAGAAGUGUUCCAUUCCAGUGGUUAAUUUUCAGUUUUUUUUCAUUUAUGGUACAUUUUAUUGACAAUUAUACAGGCUGUAUGGAUGAGGAAUCGUCCAAAUCUCUGCAUAUUGAACAUUUACCAAAAGAUUUAUUGAUGUAUAUGGGAAAAUAUACAUACUGACCAAAAGAGCUCACCAGCCAGUUAUUAUUUAGACCAGUUGUAAUUCCGUAUCCCAGAAUAAUUGUCUAAAUUUUGUAAAACUUAUUUUUUGUAUUCUUGUAAUGGUUCUUUCUUCCUUCAGAUUUUUUGGGUUUGGGAGGGGUGGGGUCAUCUGGUUUAGGUGGAUAUGCCUUUUUAUAUGUCCUAGAUUUAGCAAAUACAAUCAGUGGUGGGUUACCUGUUUUGAUAAGUAUCUGGAGUGUGUGCGUGCAUCCGUGUGUUUGUCUUUCAUGUAUAGAUGUUUGUCAAUGUCUGUUUGAUUAAUUUUAAAUAUAGAGCAGUAGUUAUAGUUAUCUUGACUUAUGAGUCUUUCAUUAUCCUGUAUUUUUUUCUUCUUUUUGGUGUCUUUAAAAUAUGAUUUUUUUAUUGUGUGAAAGGUAUUAUGAAAGUACAUUAUUUGGUAAAACAAGUGAAAUACUUUGUUAGAAAAGAGACUUUACUUUAACUUUACUUUAACUUUGUUAUUUGGUGAAUUUUGCCUACAGUUGACAGUACUGAGUAGUUACGUUGUUGAAAACGUUUUCCCACCGUAGGCCAUCAAAAGUUAGUUGCUAGAUUAUCAUCCAAAUCUUUAUUUAAAGUGGCAAGUGGUGGGGGAGGUGUUAAUGGACAAGCUGAUACUUCAAAAAGAAAACAGUUGGCAGUGGUUAUAAAUAUGUGUCAGUUUAACUAACAGUUACUGAAACAACAAAAGAUACUGAAAGAAAAUUUUUUUUUCCAAUGCUAGUAUUAAAAAAAAAAAAGAAGAAAAAUAAAAUUAGGCAAGCAUAAAAAGUUGGAAAAGGAGAUGGUAAUCUAGCAAUUGAUUUAUCAUAGCCUAAGUAUGUGCACUUUUUUGUGAGGUGCAGAAGACUAGGGAGCAUGUUUGCUGUUUGUGUUCAGUGUAACAUAUUUUAAAACAGAAGUGUAAAGGUUAUCCUUGUAGUUGUAGGCUAAAUGUCUCUUGCUCAAUUGUUUGAUACACGUCAACACUUCCACUGGCCUUGAUUAAUGCCUAUUCCCAUAUUUGUAUGAUAGUAUAGUUAUUUGCUAGAACACAUGUCUAAAUGGUUUGAGGUUUUGCACAGUUUGUUAUCAUUCACCUUGUACUUAAUGCAACAAGUAGUUCAAAUCAUUUUAUAUAAGCAUUGAUCAAAAUGUAACAAUUUACAAGGGAAAAAAAAACUUAACAGUUAUUUACUCCAGAUAUCAUUAUAUAUUUAUUAUGUAAAUUGUCAGGGAAUGAAGUGAGCUAAGCCAAAGUACAGACCUGAGGUUAUAAAAAUGUCUCAAAAUCAACCAAUCAGAUAAGACGAUUUUGAGUUUGGUCUCAAUUCUCAGUUGAUUACCUCAUUGUUUAGUUGAUUAUGAUAACUGUUCAAAAAUAACAAGUACGUAUCUCCCAUCUAGAUUGAUAAUUAAAGCAGGCAGAUGUUCCCCCUUUUUACUUUUUAACACCCAAGAUUUUAAACACUUGUUAUUCUACACGGACAUUUUAUAUUGUUACCGAGAUGAUUUUACAUGCAGUUUUUCCAGCUAGGUUAUUUAAUUGUAUGAGCUAUUCCAAUGUUUAUAUUUUCACUACUGUGAGAUGUCAGAUCUUGUGUUACCCAAUUUUUCUACAAUAAAAUAUGCUUUCUAGUGAAAUUAAGCUGGACAAAUGAAUCCUUUUGUCUAGUAAAUUUCUUUUUAAUUGCUAGUUUUGUUAUCCAUAUUUGUACAUGUAGCAUAUUGUAAGUUAAAUAAUAAUAUAUGGAUAGAGAUUAAUUUUUUCCCAAAUAUUUUCAACUUGAGAGUUCAGUAUCAGAAACCUCUUGACAGUUUUCACCAUUUUAAAAUGCAUACAUAUCACAUGUCACAUAGCACAAACUUUUAAUGCAAAUUAAUACAAAUAGUGACAAAAACAUUGCAAAUGCUACCAGACAUGCUGUAUGGCUUACUUGCAUCUUUAUGAAAGUUUAAUGUUGAUUACUAGGUAACAUUUUACAGUUUGAAUCUUUGAUGUUUUGUACUAGUUCACAUAAAGCUUGAGAAAAUGUAGAAAGAAAAUUUGAGUAAAUGUUCCCAUACACUGGUGGUAUGGUUAUGUAUAUUGUUUCAGGCAAACAAUGCUCUUGUUAUUUUUGUCCCAAUAUUUUUGGUGUAUUAUGAGCAAUGCAUGAAGGUUUUGUCUGAACCAGCUACAUUUUUAUGAGCAUUUGUAUUGUUUACUUUUCUUCUCUCUUUUUUCAGUGUCAUUAGAGUAUUAAUUUGGUCUGUUCAGAAAUUUUUAAUUAUUAAAACCUUUUUUUUUUUUUUUUUUUUUUUUUGUUAAAUUAAUACUUUGCUCCAGUAUUGUAAAAUUAAGUUUGGAGUCCAGUCUCAUAAUGUAUCAAUGCCCUUGGUCAUUUUCUAGACUGUACUCGGAGCCAAGGAGUUAAAUGCAGUAGUUUUAGACUGAUCACCAAACUCACAUUUAUAACCCUGGACACAGGGCAGGGAUCAGGAGUUGUGUUUAUGAUUAAGCAAACAAUCUUAUGGUAGUUAGACCUGAGGCAGAAUGUUCAAAGAUCACAUCCAGUGUAAAUACCCGGUACCUUUAAAGGUGCAUUCCUCCAGAUUUAUGGCCAGUUUCUUCUUCUGAAUGUAGAAAAUGAUUAAAUUUAUUACUGAAAACUAAAAGCAGAGAAUUAGGAAAUUGCAGCAGAAUAUGUAAGAAAGAUGAAUUUGUGAUGUUAGUCAGGCAGUAAAAAUGUGAUAUACAGUAGUGCUGUUAGGUAACAACAAAUAUUUGGCGAGGUCAAAGUGACGUGGUCACAAUGACCGAGACUAAAAAGGGCUUCUGCUCAGUUGCUAAAGUACAUCUUAGUUUGCAGUCUUCAACUUCAUAGGAUGAUUGCCUUUGGUUUGUAGUUGACCCCUAUUAUUUGGGGGGUUUCAAGACUGAAAACGGUGUCUACCCAAUAACUAAAGAAAGCCUUGGCCUAUAGUAGUCAAACUUUAUAUCGCCAGUAGUGUGUAGAAGAGGAGGUUAGAAAUAACUCAAAUACAGAUAUAGGGGGUUACUGCUGCAUGCAAGCCUUAUGCAAGAAUUGAUGAUAACAUAUUCUAUUGCCUUCAGUGACGUGUAUCUUUUUGGAGUCAUAUGAAAUAUUCUUGUUUCAUUUAGAGGGUUCAAAAAUUGUAUAGGUUUACAUACUUUAUAAAGAUAAACAAGAUAUAUGAACAAUCAACAAUUUUAGAUAGUAAGGUCUCCGCAAAAGUCUCGUUACAUUAAAUGCUAUAUUGGUAGUAUUGGAUCAUGGCUUUUGACAUUUUAUAGACAUUGGUAUUUGAACUGAAGGCAUGCCAAAAGGCAAAAAAUGGGUAGAUAUACUGACUUCUAUUGUUUCUUUGAAAUAUUGUUUUAAAAAUAUUUUUUAACUGAAAAGGAUAACGCAUUAUUUCCUAUUUGAAAAUUGUGAAGUUUCCCAGAUUGGUUUUAAGCUUUUUAGAGAACACAAAUUUCUCACUUUAUAAAUUACAAGAUAUUUCCUCAAAUGUCUUUCAUUGUACCAUUUUUGGCUCAUGUGUCAUGUAGAAUUUUGUGUAUUGACUAAAGAGCUUUAUAGCGUUAACAAAAGUAGUAUCUGUAAACAGUGAACUUGUGUUUGAAUACACUUUAGUUAAACAGAAAUGAAAACAAACAUGGAUCCUGUGUCGUGUUUAGUUAAUUUGUAUCUUAAGUGUUGGUUAUUUCAUUCAAAUGCUCACUAGUGUGUUGAUUAUAUGAUUUUAUUUUACGUAAUAAUUUCCAACCUUCGAACCAAGCUGCUUGUGUCAUAGAAUAGAAAUAUGGUUUGGUUUGAAUGUGCAAUUGUAUAUAACGAUUGUAUUCAGUUACAAAACAAGCAAAAUAAAUGUAAUUUAUUUUUCAUA